UCCAGUCACAUAAAUAGCUUUUAACUUUCAUUUAAGUAUGCUUUGCAUCCCCCGCCCACUCCUAGAGAGUAAAAAGACAAGAACAGAUAAGACGUAAUACACUGACUCGAGGAGAAGGGGGAGGACACAAACCUCAUUGAAAGCAGUCGGACCAGCCAGGCUCUCACAAUACAGCUUGGAAGGUGAUAGCAGCACUCUGAGCAGAGAGACCUCCUGCAUUGCUGGAAAGACAGUCUGCCUGCUUGUCUCACUUACCUGCCUUUCUAGACAUCACAGAACUCCUAAGGCAGCAAUGUAUCUGAACGGGAAAGUGGCCUUUGUGACCGGGGCAGCUCAAGGCAUUGGCAGAGCCAUGGUAGAGGAACUUCUACACAAGGGAGCUGCGGUAAGGAUUCAAUGCAAGCCAUUCAGCCAUAGAACCAUCUGCUGUGCAAUCAGAAUGCAGCCAGACAUUCCACAUCUACCUGAACGGCACACUUACAUAUUAGACAUGAGAUACCAUAACUGUCACUGUAAGACCAGGGGCAUAAGGGAUAUUUAAUCAUAGAAAUCAUAGAAAUGUUCGAUGUGUCUUGCGAUAAACCGUAUCUGCUUAAAUAACCAGUGAUAAUCAUAACAGAUAUGGUUAUGUGUAACAGAGAGCUGUGAUCAUAUUGCUACAUUGCUAUUAAUAGUUGUAAUGGUUAUACAGGGACAUAUUAAUAGGGCUAGAUCAAAUACAGUGAAAGGCAUGUAUCAUUGGGUGUUAUUGUAUAAAGUGUCUGUUCUGAUAAAUAGUGCCAACAUGGGGAAUUUGCUAGUCACCAAUGCAAUGUACCAACAGGUUCUACUGGUUCCCAUGGUGACUGUCCCAUGUUAGUACUUUUCAGAGCACUUUUAUCCACAAAGUGCACUCCUCUAUACCUUAUCGGUUUGUAUGUUUAGGAAUUUUGUGUAAACGUUUAAUGGAUUUUUAAAUUAGCCUUAGGUAGAAAUAACAUGUGAAACAUGUUGUGGGAGCACAGAGUAGUGAGUACAUUUAGGGCACAUAGAGUUCAGUAUUUUAGCUGCACCCAAAUUAUUCCUCUUGCGAGAUACAGGUUAAAGUGAUUUGCCAAAACAAAAUAAAUAAAUAAAAUGACCACCACAAUUAGGAGUUGAUCAAGUAUCUCUUAGAGAAACACCCUGAGCACCAUAACAACUAAGUCUCAAUGAAGUAAAAAAAAAAUGGUUACAGUCCAAAGUGGUCCACAUGGGUCAACCCUACAUUUCCCUGCGCCUACUCAUUUGGACCAUGUUUCAAUGCAGAAGCCUUGCACUGGGCACCGGUUGAGAGGCUGAGAGUGUCUGCUGACGAUCUCAUCCUAUCACUGGCUUGUUAUUGAGAAAAAUGCAUUAAAAAGGUACAUACACCCAGCACCCGUCCUGGAAGAGGAGACACAGGGACCUGAAAGACAGGUGCCAUCUAAACCUCUUUGUAAUUAAGUUAAUAUGGUGUCCAAGACCUCCAUGCACCAUAACAACUUAAUAUAGAUUGAGGGUGGUGUUAUGGUAUCCAAGUGUGCCUUUAUCACCCAUUCUUGGACCAUGUGAGAUAUCUAGCAGGUUUUGCCAUUUUAAUACACACUCACUCUUUAUACUGGCCAAUGCUUCUUAGAUUUAAAAUAUUUGCUCUCUGUUCUGGAGAUCCAGCAAAUAUAUGUGUUGCCUAACAAGGGCUAGCUAGGCUGCUUUUCUUCUCUGUGUAGUGCUGAUUAGCUAACAGCAGCUCUCCCUGCACCUCUAUGAAAGGUAAACAGGAGGUCAAACUUCUCCUUUGAUCUGAACAAUGAAGUUCAUUUACACCUCAACAAAUAUGUUUGAUACUGUUAACCAGCUUACAUAGACAAACAAAUGAGAUGUGCUAGUUGUGCCCAAACAAUGGCUUGCCUUACAUACUUUGUAUAGAUCUCUACGGCCACGUUUGCAACAAAUUUAGCUGUUGACAGCUUGAUUAUAGAAACAGGACAUGAAAAACAAAUGUAUCUUUGUGUCUGGUUUUCACUGAGAAAACUAGUUGGCGUUUGAGGAAUUCCUUUAUGAAACAUGUAGUUGGCAAUUUUGCAUUGUUCAAAACUGAUAAAAAAAAAUAUAUAAGAAGAUUUAUGUUUUAUGAUUGAAUAAUCAACAAAUAUUUGCUUUUCUAUAAAAAAAAAGCUGUGGGUGCACAUACUAUUGAAGUUCGCUGUGUGGUUAACCUCGUAAUAGUAGUGUGUUUUUAUUUCUUUCAUUUGUUUAUACUCCCUGGUUAAAACAUAGGCUGUGUAAAAUAUAAAAUAAAAAUAUCAACUGAGACAUUUAGUAUAUUUACUUAGUUUCAGAAACAGACAGGGUGAGGUAAUGUGUUGGCAUACUAAUAAUGAAAUACAUUGAUCGCGUAUGUUCCAAUGACGUGAGACAUUUUUCGAGUACAAAUAUUAUUCUAGUUAAAAAGAGUAGAAAAGUGUAGAGUAUUCCACUCUAAAGGGACACUUAAGUAACCUAGAACACUUUGAUGCACUUUAAAGAUUACAGUAAUAUGCCUGCUUAAAAGAGCACGCCAAGCACCAUAACCACUACAAUGUGCUGUAGAUGUUAUGGUACAGGGAGUGCCAUGGCGCCUUAUCACCAUGUAAUUAGUCAAAAAGUUUUAGAAGCUUUUAUACGUAUAAUGAAAAGUUUUCCAGAUCACCUAUUUUGGUUUAAACUAUGUCUUAUGGAUUUAAAUGCUCUUCAAUUAAGAGUAAUGCAAAUGUUUGCAGACAUAAUAUUAUUUUAAAUAUAUUUUAUAAGGUGCAUGUGCUUUCCACUGAUGUCCACUGAGAAUGUGAUACAGGAACUGUCCGUCUGCAUAGGGAAACUUAAUUAAAUUAAAUAAUAUACAAAGCAUAAUGCUGUAUCUACCAAAGAUUUGCAUACCCUAACAGUGAUACUAUUUUAAACCUUGAUAAGGAAACUUAAUGUAAUUAAAUACUAUACAAACCAUCAUGCUGUAUCUACCAAAGAUUUGCUUACCCUUAUAGUGAUACUAUUUUAAACCUUCAUAAGGAAACUUAAUGUAAUUAAAUACUAUACAAACCAAAAUGCUGUAUCUACCAAAGAUUUGCUUACCCUUAUAGUGAUACUAUUAUAAACCUUGAUAGUGUGCAAACGACCUCUGUAAUUCAAGAACAAAUAUCUUGCCAAGUGAUUCACUUUUUCAAGAAUAGCCAGUAGCAUAUGUUGUUGUUGUUUUUUUGUCCUAACAUUCCUGUGUACCAUUGUGUUUACAUGUGAUUUUCAAGUAGCAGGUUCUUCUAAGAAAUAUUUACCAAGAUUAUCUGUGUGUGCUAAGCUACACUAAAUUGUUAGUGACAUACCAUACGGUGUGUUUUAUGGUAAGAAAUGUGUACUUCAAUUUAGUUGAAGGAUGUUACAUACCUUUUUUAUGUUGUAUGUGUCAUAUGUAACAAGUAAAAUGCAAUCAGUAGGUCUGGUACACUGAAAAAAGAAUGUAACGUCUAGAUGUAUAGUCAGUAUAGAUCUAUUCCUAACAUGAUAAUUAUUACGCUAUAAACAAAUAGUUAUUACUUUGGAUACAGAAUGAACUUUUUCAUUAACAUGCUUUUACUGAAUGAGUAACAGAUACCGUGGAAUAAUCCGUAUGACAAGGUGAGCAGGGAGUGUGUGGCAACCUUACGUGAACUGGUGUAUUACAUAACACAUGCUAUUAAUCAGAACCUGUGCAUCUCAUCCACUUGUUUCAUUUCAGUACAUUAUCAUUCAAGAUAUUUUUACUAGAUCUGUCCAGACUGUAUAUUUAUUUAUUUAUUUAUAGCAGGCAGAGGAUAUAUAAUUAGACACCAAACAAUAUCAGAACCUUAUUUAUAGCGUUCAAUCUUCUGCAAGGUACUCUUGUGAGCUUACAAUCAAGAGGGUAAAUGUAGAUUGAGACAAAUGGUUACUUUAAAAGUAACAGAAAUGUAUACUAAAAUAUGCAACACAAACAGUAUGGCUUUACAAUCAGUAUUCAGAAGACAGGAAGUCCUUUGACAAUAAAAAAAUAUAAGCAAUGCUUUACAAUCACCAUAUACAUUAAGACAACUCAGACAGCUCCUUUGAGAUAAAAUGGUCUGGGUGCCUAUAGUGUCCCUUAAUGCGUUGUGAGCUGCAUGGACCAAUGUAGUAAGGAUUUUUUUGCAAGAAGUUACACUACAUCAUCACAUACUCCGCUAAAACGCAGAUGGCUAAAUCAUAACAAUUUAGCAAAAUGCUAAUAUUUACAAGGCAUUACAAACAUUUACAAAAUAUUGCUAACACUGACAAUAGUUCAGGACAGUUGCACUCAGUAUUUCCCUCUGCAUCAUCUAAAGACCUCUCGCUGAAACAACCAUCUGGUUUUGCUUUUGAGUACUGCUAUACUUUUUUUAAAGUCUAGUAAACAGCAAUUUAUAAGAAUAAUAUCACAGUAUUUAACUAGACACAGUGCAUUUCAAAAGUAUUUAGACCUCUUGAACAUGAUCAUGGUUUCUGUAUUUGAAAUUAUACAUACUUAUAAAUGUCCAAAUAUUUUAUUGCGAAUGAAUCUCAAAUGAACUAACCCCUUAAGGACCAAACUUCUGGAAUAAAAGGGAAUCAUGACAUGUCACACAUGUCAUGUGUCCUUAAGGGGUUAAGUGAAUAACUCUGGCAGUAUUUAAACCCCUCAUAUUAUUAUUUAGUCAAGUCACCUUUUGAUGUAAUAAUAGUUUGAAUUUUUGGGGGGACUUAUCUACCAACUUUGGACUCUAAUUGGCAACCGUCUUCUUGGCAGAUUUAUUCCAGGUGGUUCAGGUUGUUUAGGUGGGGCUUGUGACCAAAUUUUCAAAUAGUACCACAGAUUUUUAACAGGAUUAAGUUCAGGACUUUGGGACACUGUAGUGUUUUUUCUUGAGCCAUUCCAGAGUGGCUUUUCAUAUGUGCUUGGGAUCAUUGUCCUACUGAAUUGUGAAAGUUCUACACAGGUUUAGUUUUUUAGCCAUUCCAUUGUUUCUUUAAUUCUCACAAGAUUACCAGGUCCUGUAGAUGAGGAGCCUCUACAGCACAAUCCAGCCAUUACUAGACUUUAGUGUAGUGAUAGUUUUGUUUCUUGCCACCGUCCCAGUUUGGGUCAUUAUGAUCUAGAGUUAUUGAAAUUGUUGUUUGGUGCACAUUCGCUCCAGUCUCAGUCACUGACCUAUAUAGUUUAACUAAAGUGGCUGAUGGCCUCUUCUUGGCUUCCAUUAUAAGUCUCAUGCUUACUUAGUCUCUGAGUUUUUAAGGACAACCUUUUCUAGGCUGUGUCUAAGAGGUGUGAUGUAGCCUUUUUUUUCCGGAUAAUUGAUUCAACAAUGCUAAAUAGAAUUUGGAUGGGUUGUGGUAGCAAAAUUAUGGACAUAUUUGCCGAGAGAAAUCAGGCUAUAGGAAUGGAUCUGGAGAAAGAAGUAAUGCGAAGGAAUUUUGGGAAUCCACAAACAUGAAUUCCUUUAGAGAAUUUCUGUAGAGAAUUAUACCGGUAGAGGAGCAAUCGGUAUAGUGGUGGUGGGAUGUAUAGCAUUCAUUGUGAGACUAAAAAGCAAACAUUUUGACAAUAAUAUCUUCUUCCUAAAAUGAAUAUUGUACAUGAAUUAACAAUACGAAAGUAUUAGUUACGAACUAUAUAGAAAUGAAGUCACAGGGUAUACAAUACUAAUAACUGCAAAAGUGUUGGAGGAUAUUGUGGAAGAUGAGUAAACAUUUGUUUCUGUCCUGAUUGAAAAUAAUGCUAUUGUUUGCAGAUGAUAUUUCAAAAUGGUGGUGCUGGCUGCUGAAGCAAAUCAGGGUAUAAGUAUGGAUUUAAUUGCUUACAGAGGUUAUUACAGCAUUUUGGAGAUGGUCUCUAAGGUAAAUCAUGGUGUAUGUAUGGAUCUGGAGAAAGAAUGCUUUCCUUCAGAUCUACAGCCUGGCCAACAGUCCAUGUAUGUAAUGGGCUUUUAUCCAGAGAAAAAUAUUGAUGAGGUUAACGUCUCACAGGUGGAAGUCAAUUGUUAGAUAAUUGUAUUACCAUCAGGACAUUUUUUUCAGGUUUGUAAAAAUGGAGAAGCUAGCGAACAGUUGUUAAAUAUUUUCUUAUACUGCAUAUUUGAGGUUUUCAUUGACUGCAAAUGUUUUCAGGUAAAGUAUCACACAGACUGUUUUCAGCAAUAUGUAGGAAUUGGCCAAGGAUCUUAUUACAUUUAGAAGAUGCAGUAUAAUUCUGGAGACCUGUAUCAUACACCAAAUAUAUCGCUGUGGAUUUGUGAAUAAUCACUAAUAUGUUCCAGUGAUCACCAUCUUUGCUCUGAGUAAUUCAGAUAUCACCCAGUUUAAUCAGAAAGAUCUAUGACAGCUAGAAUUGGCCCUCACUUAGAACUUGUAGGGAUACGUCUAAAUACCUUGGUUAAGUUUUAUUUAUUUUUUUCCUUACAUUCUUUAAAUAGUAAGUUUGAGAGUGAUGCUUUCUUCAGAAAAUACAUGUUUACCUCUUCUUAUCUAAUGUUCUUAUCAGAAAAGAAACUGAAUGUCACAUAUUCUAGAAAUUAUCUUUUUAUCCAUCAAUCUUUAAUAAAUUGGCUGUGUACCUCCUUACUCCUCAGUGAUGUUUUAGCUUUCCUCACUUUUUCUUUAAACCGCAUUCCUGUUAGAUCUUCCGUCUGUUUUUUUUUUUUUUUUUUUUAAAGGAAUGCAAACCCUCCCCCCUUCAAGUAAAAGUAACUGAUAAUUUCCAUCAGGCCUGCUGAGAACAGUUGUUAAGCCAGGAGGACUAUUACUAAAAAGUAUCAAGUCUAUUUAUUACUGUUUGGCAGGAAAAUAUUAGGGAGAACAAAUCUUUGGCAUUUCUUAAAAACUACGAGUCCAUGACUGAGGCCUUUUUUGCUCUUUUGCAAUGUUUGUUCCGUUGUACUUUCCAUCUUUCCAAUUAAGUGCACCCAAACAUAUUUUAUAUCAUUUUCUUAAAGGACAGAUAGGACUGACCGUCUUCUAGGAACUUGUAUUUAUCUGUUUAAAAGUAUUAAACAUAAAUAAAAUAUUUGAAAAAUAACCCAAAAUAUAACCAAUUGACAUCUGAAUUGCGAUAUGCACUUUCCAUGUUGUGUAAUAACUUUUAAUAGCACAGAAUCGUUUUGUAGUGGUGGCAUGUAUAUGUGGGCCCAAAGGAUGUACCAUGCGUGCUCGGACACACUCUAAUUCAGGGUUUAAUUUUUGUCCACAUUGAACAGAGGGUGGGGGACGUCGUGGAUAAGAAAGCAAGCUCAGAAAGCUACAAAACCUUUGUUGUUGCAAAAACAUUCCAUAUUUGAGUAUGCAAACAAAUGUAGCUUAUUACGGAGGGCAAAACCUAUCAAAUAUGUUAGAGUUGCUUAAGUGCCCAUAGUGUCCCUUUAAGUUGAACCUGCACCUCUUGAUCGAGUUCACCUAACUUUGUUUGUCAUUUUUUAAUCAUGCAUUUCUUUUCUGCUAUACAUUGUUGCAGAAUAUUUUGUGACUUUAUGAUAUAAAAACAAAUUUACGGCUUGCAAUUCAUUGUGCAUGUCAACUGUAUGCUUGCCUAUAUAUUUUCUCUUCAAUAGAAAGAUUUUACAAAGAAAGUAGACUGCUAUAUAAUAUAUAUUAUUAACUGUAUAUAAGUUGCAUCGCUUUCCCGUGUUAAUUUAAUGAACUCAACAAGAAGUUGACUUACAAGGUGAAAUGUAAAACAGGUGGAUUCUUUUUAUUGGCUGAUUAGAGCUGGAUGUGUAAUUUAUUCUGUCGUUUAGCUCUCUAUCAGAUGUUGUGCUUAGAGUAACCCUGUAAGGUAAGAGUUUUUAUUUAAUUUGGUUUUUAAUUCUUAUCCAUAGGUGAUACUUGUGGACCUGAAUCGCAUAGCGGGUGAGCAGUGUAAAGCCUCUCUGGAUGAAGAAUUUGGAAGUCACAGAACCUUAUUUAUUCAAUGUGAUGUCACAGAUGAGAAACAGCUCAAAGGUAAAAAGGAGGGGUGGAGAAUUAAUCUCUUGAGUAGCUAAGGGGUAAGCAAUGUGUACACAUAUCCCUCUGGUGCUGAAAGACAUUUAACAACCUGAUCCGUUCUGAUUGUGUGUGUGUAUUCAGCACAAAAACAAUCCAAAGUUCAACGUGCAAUGCAGUAGCAAUUAAAUAAAAGAUUACAGACAUAUAUGAAAUACAAAAGAAUAAUCCGUGGUAAUUGCAUUUAACAGUCUGAUGACAUUUACAAGAAGUUGUGCGGUAAGUAAAAAUCUGCUGAACAUGAAUGAUGCGUGUUUUGAUUACUGAGUUGUGGAGAAAAGUACAAAAUAACAGAUGGCGUAAUAAAUGACACUAGUAAUCGAGCAAUCUCAUAAGGGUAAAAGGGAACUCAGGACAAAUGCGUUAAUAAUUAUACAAUACUUGGUAGAAGGCAGAAUAGUCUCAUAUAUAAAAUCUGAUAAUGAACUGUCACAUUGUUUAAAACCUAAAUCUUAGGUUCCAAAGGUAUGUCAUAUGUAAGGGAACCAUGUUAAAGUGACACAAUAAGCAAGAUAUGACAAAUCCUCCCCCCACCCUGGCCCAAUUUUAGAAUGCAGUAUUGCCUUUAUUGUCCUGUUAAACCCCCCCCCUUACAUUAAAAUUAUGCAAAAAUUAAGAAAAAAUAAAUAUUGCUUACUUGCAAAGAUCCCCUUCCAGACAGAAAGAGACAUCAAGAGCCUUCCCACCCAGUCUCAGCACAUUUUGUCUUAACCCCUUAAGGACACAUGACAUGUGUGACAUGUCAUGAUUCCCUUUCAUUCCAGAAGUUUGGUCCUUAAUGGGUUAAGCCAGUAAGCCAGGAGACAAGGAGCAGGAUACUCUCUGGACCAUAACCUUUACAAUGAUGCAACAUUGUCAUGGUGCUUAGAGUAAUCCUUUAUAUUUGUUUUUAAACAGGUUUUUUUUUUUUAUUUAUCUUAGACAAACUACAUUUUUAAAUCUUAUCAAUAUCAUAUAAGACAAUCAAAUUAUAAAAAAAAACUUUUAAUGACUAUGAUAUUAAACUGCCCUUACCCCUUUUUACAAUUUAGCUGCCUUUCAAAAAACAAUGGAACAUUUUGGAAAUUUGGACAUAUUGGUGAACAAUGCUGGAGUGAACAAUGAAAAAGACUGGGAGAAAACAAUUGAAGUUAACUUGGUAAGUUUUAUUGAACAUGGGUCAGGUUUUAUUACUAAGGAUAGCCCUAUAUUACGUAGGUGAACACUGUGAUUGUGGUUUUAUUGACAGAUGUAUAUCCUGCACAGACUGCACAAAGGUUGGGGAUUCUUUUAACUCCUGCUGCAUUUGUAGGGGCCCUUUAAGCAUAUAUGUGGGGCACUAGAUGCCUGGAGCACUAGUGAAGUCAGGAACCUGAUUAUUCAACAUUAGUGAUGUCCCGAACGGUUCGCGAACGGUUCGCGAACGGUUCGCCACGAACGGUUCGCCACGGACUCAUCAUUGAAUAAACUUUGACCCUGUACCUCACAGUCAGCAGACACAUUCCAGCCAAUCAGCAGCAUACCCUCCCUCCCAGACCUUCCCACCUCCUGGUCCGCGGCAAACCGUUCGUGGCGAACCGUUCGCGAACUGUUCGGCGAACCGUUCGGGACAUCACUCUUCAACAUAUAUUGCAGGGUGAAUACAAAUACAAAAAGAUAAGUCCUGUGCUUACUCCCAUCACUCCUGGGCGCAGCAACGACCACGGUACACAUCAGCCCCAAUGUAUAUAGUAAAAACCAAAGAAAAAAAUGUUACCUGCACUCUCUCCUUAAUCCCUAUGUAUAUUUAAACAAAUGGAGGUCAUUUAGUUACUCCAAUGGCCAUUGGAGGGAAUGUCCGCCUACCAACGUCAAGGCAGACCCCCCUAAGCGGGUCCUACACUAACCCUUCACCUUACUUCCUUGAGCUUUUGGCAAAGAUAUCUCUAAUGAGACAGAGAGGGUAUUUUUUUAUAUACACCCCUAUAUACUUAUUAACCCUUAAUAGGAAACACAUGGGAUGGGUGGCAGCAUUGUAAUAAAGCUGUGUGAUACAAAAAGUUAAUACAAAUACAAAAAGAUAAGUCCUGCGCUCAUAUAUGAGAUGACAUAUAUUGCAGGGUAGAUUGUGGCAUGGUGAUUGGACUUGCAUUAGACUAAGGACUAGACGCAGGGGUAAGCAACUUUUGGCACUCCAGAUGUGAACUACAUUUCCCCUGAUGCUUUGCCUGUGGUGUCCAUCUAAAUGCAUUAUUAGAGAUGUUGCCAUUUGGAGUUCCAAAUGUUGCAUAUCCCUAGACUAGAAGAUGAAUCCCAGGUAUCCUUUCUCCACAAUGAAGCACUGACUUGGCUAUUGCUGUCUUGUACUCAGAGGCCUCUAAUGGACCCCUAUUGUAACCUAUGGAGUGACAAGCUUUAAAGAGUAACUCCAAGCAUCAUGUCCAUUUCAGCUGUAACUCCACCAAUCCAAAACAAAAGGUUGGCUAAUGUUCAUUAUGUGCCUAUUCUUCAAGACAAAAGUACAUAGGCUCAACAACGUGACGCAACAUCAGCUUUAUUGGAUCACAGGGACAGAACUCACAUGGCAUUAAUCUUAAUAUAAACUGUUACUCAUCUCUCCUUGAUGCACACUACACAUCUUGUAAUGAAAAAACUAAGCAGCAGACUGCAUAAUGUGGGCAUGUGAGAGAGAUGUGUGAAUACCCUGUAAAAUAUGUUGUUGAUUUAAUAAAUACGAUUGGCAGGCCUGUGUGUUUUGCUAGUGAUAAUCAGUUAUUUGCCAGAUAUGCCUCCUAGUGGUUACUGAUUUAUCAGUAUCAACCAAGUGGAGAAACUCCCAUAGGUGCAGCAAGUAAGUCUGUUAGUCUAACUCAGACUGUGCUUGUGUUCAAUGUGAUUUCUUUUUCCAAAUUAUAUAGGGAGCCAAAAUGAAACUCUAUAAAAUUAUUGAGUACUUUGCUGCAUGCCUUAGAGAUAGACAACAUAUGUAAUAUUAUCAUGUUGUAAUUUAGGGAUUGAGGAGGAGAAUUAAUUUUUUUAUUAUUAUUAAAAUGUGUUAAUUCUGCUUCAGCCACCAAAAUAAAAUCACCUAAACAUUCUUCGCUCUGAGAGCCUGACCUGCUAAAUCACAGUUUAAUGCAUGCUUAAAUAGCCGUUGCUAUGGGCCUCUGCCGAGCCAAGAAACUAGCACUUGAAAUGUUUACAGAUCACUGUUGCAUUGCACUUGUGUGUGCUGCUGUUCAAAUUCCAGGGAAACCUACAUUCUGAAUUCAGACCCACUACAGAACAUGAAACUAGCAGAUUGGCACUUAUAGCAACAAGCCCUUAAGCUCUUAUAAUUACAGUGUGCUUUGUGUCACUAUGAAGGUUACUUAAAAUCUACAAUUGAAAGGAAAUUCCACACAUCAUGCAAGGAGCAUAUAAAGGUGCAAGAAGCUAUUUUCCCACCCCCUUCAUUCAGCUAAUUAUACCUGCAGUGUUUUUUUUGUUUUGUUUUGUUCAAAUUUGCCACAGCUGUUACCUCAACCACAGGCUUGGUAUUUUCACAGAAGGAAGCUAUAGCUAUGCUAAUAGGAUUUUACACAUACAGAAUUAUUUUUUAUUGUGUGUAUGUAUGACGCAUGCAAACCAUAAAAGUCCAAAGAAACACACGCUUUCAUAGAUUUAUUUGAAACAGCUGCUGCUGACAUAUUCAUAAAAAAAAUGAGAGAAUCUAUAGGGUAACCUAAUAGAAGCUACUCUCCAGUUAGCAUCACAGAUGAUGAAAGGAGGCUUCUCAUACUAGGAUGCAUGCAUGCACGCCAGGAUGACAGGCUACCUAUUCACUGAAGUUUAAUGUCCUACAUUUUACCCCAAAUUUAGCACAGGGAGUGUUAGGAAUACAAAUCUGUCCCUACUCUUUUUCAGGUACCCUUGGUGCAAUAAAAAAAUAAAAUAAAGAUUUACUAAUCUUUUUCCUGUGCCGAGGCUGCUACAUCACAUCUCUGCCAAUUUCACAGAAGAGGCUCCUCGUAGGGAAGCAUUUGGGGACCUAAUGCACAUGCACGUUAAGUGCCGUAUUCACAUUCAUAUUUCCCUAAAGGAAAGAUUAGGAUCAAUGCUUUCCUAAAGGGCUUCUGCAUCAUGUGACCAAGUGUUACAUGGUCAAUGCAGCAGAAACCGCUCUAGUAGUUGUCAUACUUACUGCCUUUAGAGGUGGACUUUACCCUACUGCAGACGUCAAUGUUUUACAUUACAGGGUUAAGAAGACAGUCACAGCACCCAGAGAACUUAAUUGAGAUGAUGUGGUCUGGGUGACCAUAGUGUUUCUUUAAACAUGUUUCUGUGCUGCACUUUCCCCAGUCCUCCUUAUACUAGAUGACAUAGGAGCUUUGUCAGUAAUCAGGCGGACGGUGUGCAUCUUGUGUCAAACAGACAGAUUAAAAUCCCACAGGGCCCUAGGCAGGUUACUUCUUUGGAGCCCCCAUUUGUUUUUCACAUAAGGAUAGUGAAUGGAGUCAGGCUAAUUCGUGGUUCCAGGAGCCCCUGUCUAACCCCUUGACCCUAGGCGGCUGCCUAAGGUAAUUUUAUGGUUAAUCCUUCUCUGGUGUCACACAGUCAAAUCGUAUGACUUGACAAAUCUGGAGACUGAGCUGGGGAAAUGAGCUCCUAUUAUUAAAAACCAUGAACAAAGCUGUUAUGCAAGCUAUUUUUUUGAAGGUAGAAACACAGAGAUUACACUUUGUAGAAAUAAAUUAACUUAAACUAUGUGGACAUUUAAAAGGUACAAAUCCAAAUUCAUUAUAUGGAUAUCCGAUAUCAUCAGUCUGUUUACAGACUUCUAGAAGACGAAAAGUGUUCUUCAGAACUGUCUCACGUAAAGCAGAGACAUUUUUGAAUUGUGUAUAGGAAUGUUACUAUCUAAACAAUUUUUAUGUCUUGUCAAUGGUCUUGAUUUUGUAUAUGAACCAUUUACAAAGCUAAAGCUGUGCUUCGCAAGGAUACAUAUGAAUGCAUUAAAGGGACUAUAGUCACCAGAACAACUGCAGCUUAAUGUUCUUAAUUAGCCAGCCACUAAAGACUUUUUUUGAUAUAAACACUGCCUGUUCAGAGAAAAUACAGUGUUUACAUUACUGCAUAGGUACACCUCUAGAGGCUGUCACUCAGACGGCUACUAGAGGUGCUUCCUGCGUCAGUGCUGCACAGUGUGCAGCACUGAUGUUCAGUGCUCUGGAUUCCUAUAGGAAAGCAUUGGCUUGGCUGAGACUGUCAGAUUUGGGAAUAUCAUCCAAGGAGGCAGAGCCAGGUAUGAGGAAACCCAUAUAGGUGCUGGAGUAAAGGUAUGUUUUCACCCUUUUUAAGAAGGUAAGAGGGGGGAACCUCAAAUGUAUCUUUAACACUAUAGUGGUAGGAGUACGUGUUUGCAUUGCUGACACUAUAGUGUUCCUUUGAAUAAAAAUUGAUCUCAUCAAGUUUUAUUCUCUUUCCAGUGUGGCCAUAGUUUUAAUGUUGGUGCACUUUUAAAUCUUAAUAUUCUGACUAUAACAUAACAUCCAUUCAUACAACUCUUAAAGAUCAUUACACCCAAAAAAACACUUGAUCUAGCAUGUUAAACAAAGGGCAGUUACCUACUCCCAACUAUGGAGUCUCAAAUCAGCCAUUAAUUACUGGAGUUGUUUUUAAGAAAAAAAGUCAUUUUAUAUGAUAUAAGCAGCAUUAAAAGCACAAACACUACCAAUUUUGUAAAUCUAUUUUGACUUUCAAAUGAUUUCAACCACAUUUCAUUUGCAUACAGAUACGACAAUACCUGUACACAGAGGCCCAUAUUUCUUUGUGUCUGCUGCUGUUUUCUUCUCCUGUAACCAUGUGUACUGUGUCCACUCUCCAGCAAGAAUUUGUUUUGCAUUUUACAUUAUUUUACACUGUGUAUACUUCAUGUCCAUCAAUGUCAGCCUAUACAUUUAUAAAAAAAUUAAUCAGUGUCCAACGAUUGUAAAUAUGCCAAUCCCUAAUUGAAAAUAGAUUACAUUCCUGCUUACCUGGGAUACUCCCUGUUUCACAUCAUAUUAAAUCAUUUUUACAACACUCACUAAUCCAGUAUAUGCUUGCCUAGGUUUAAAGGCUCUACAAGUGUAAUUGUUUUGAACAUUUCAAUUUGUAUAACGUAAUGUGAUGUUUGUUGUCCUGAAGAAGACGCAUAACUAGAAUCCAACCUAUAUUUUGCAAUUAUUUUUAUAAAAAAGAGGUGCAUAAAAUAAACAGAAUAUAUUUGUACUUACUUUAAUUAUUACUUUAUUACAUUACAUUUCUAAACAGGAUAAAUACUGCACUCUUAUUAGAGUGUUUAAUGUGUUUCCACAUUAUCUACAUUUUCUAAAGAUUGCAGAUUUUUAUUCUGGAUAUUUUUUUUUGUAUAUGUUUUCUUUUUUUUGGUUUUAUUAGUCCAUAUUCUCAGGGUUAUGCACGUAAUUUAAACUGGAUACAUAUUGAAUUUCAAAUGUAAAUGGAGACAGCUUAAUGUAGUGGUUCUGGUGUCUCUAGCAUGUCUCUGCAGUGUUAGCAUUGCAAACACUGCCAUUUUAGAGAAAUGCAGUAGUCAGCACCAGUAGACUUAAUUGUUGAACAAAUAAAUAACCUCAAUUGAAUAUUUGAACAUCUGAACAUCUGCUGCUAUGUCUCCCAUGGUUGAUAAUGCAGUAGACAAAACAAGUUUCAAUAUAACUGGGAAUAGGGGCUGGUGACGUCAACCAUGGAAUUUGUAGAAGAAAGACUUCCACAUUGCUGUGUUCUAAGAGAGUGAGUAGGGCUUCAGCGGAGUGAACGUGAAAAUAGGUUCUUAAGGUUGAUCAUUAAAAUGAGAAUUCAAAGUGAAUGUCAAAUUGAAGGCCAGAGUAGCUGAAAUGGAACAAAAGCUGACAAUUUUUUUCCAAGUUGGCUAUUCUGAUCUUAAAUUUCUAAUUUCUUACUUUAUUAAAUAACCUUGUGUGUUACACAACGUGCCUUCCGAAUUGAGGCCAUAAUACCUAUAGCCUGAUUUAAUAUCUGUACAAAGACAAAAGGAUCACGCCUGGAAAGUACAAAAGUGAGUGUAUGUUUUUUUAAAGCAAAUUGGUAGUCAGCCAUUUUUUCCAUAUCAUUACGUGUCCAUUGCAAAUGCACAGGAUACACACUGAGAGAGGUGCACCAACAAACUGACCUGUAAGAUUGCAGGUAGUGUGGCAUAAGUUUGCAAGUGGGACUGUUAUCAUAGUUCCUCCACAGUAACAGCACCUUCAGCUCCCUGACAGUCCUCAGAGUCUCUUACAGCAACCAGUGCACCGUAUCACUUCCCAGCAUGGCAGUGUGGUGGAGAACAUCUGGAGAGAACUGUGAAACCCUUCCUUCCUGUGAAACCCUUCCUGCUAAAUGGGGGUUUCAGAGAUGUGGGCAUGCUUGGCUCAGUUUUCAAUGUCUCAGACUCUUAAAGAAGUCCCCAAAAUGACAGGGAGCAGGCUUGGAGAAUUAAGGGAAACAGUGCAGUUUUCCUAAAGUAUAUAUUGCCUGGAAUAAGCACAAACACCUCCGGGGAAGAGGUCAACUGAUGUGGGGACUCAGAUGACAUGUACAUUGAUUUAUAUGCAUGUAACAUCAUUUUAGCCAAUGAAAGCAUUAUCAUUCCUUGAUGUUGCAACGUAACACUCAUCCCACUAUCCCCUCUUAGCGACCCCUUUGUAAAUUGUUGCCCAAUGUAAAAAAUAAGAAAGUUCUGAUUUCACAUGCAGUUUAAAUGUGAAAAAUGUGAACAUGUUAUAUGCAGAAGAGUUAGGCAAGCCAUUGGCACUGAAGGGGUUAAAAUAUCAAAGGGGGGGAAGUAGGUACAGCUGGGACUGUGAAACAGGGGCAAUCAUCCAGUAAUAAAAACAAAAAUAUUCUCACUAAAUCCCAUUAAUCAUAUUGUGUCCUUUUCUGACCUUUAAGCAUAUUUAAACAUCACACGCAAAAGAAGGAAAAAACAGCACGCUCUGCUGUCAUUAAGGAUUUACAACACCCAUGACAUGAUAGUAGCAAAAUGUUUAAAGCUUGAGCGUGGUUUGUUCAGACAUAAAAAGGAUUAGCAUUUCUGGACAACGUUUGACAAACUCUGACAGGCAUGAAUGAUUUUUAGGAAGUGUUUAUCAGUUUCAGGUAAUUACCUAGCUUGUGAAAUUGCAUUUUUCAGAAAUUCUGCAUUUAAGGCCAAAGUCAGAAAUCCAUAUCCCCCACGUAUCCCUAUUUUGUAGGAAAAAUCACAAUGUUGGACCAAUUCCCUUCUUUUUUAUUCGAACGUUGCUCUUUUCUAAGAAUUCCUUAUUGUUGGUGUAUCUGAGUGUAUAACAGAGCUCCAUUGAAAUAAUACCCCCAGUAAUGUGUCUUUAAACUACAAAAUAUGUUUAGGGAUCAGUCUGUGUAAAUACAUUGUUUCUUGUUCCAAGUUACAUCUUAGUUACAAAAAAUUGUUAUUAGUAAGUCUCCUAAAAUAUCUGAGAAUAGCCCUGCCCCUGGUUACUCUGCUACUCCACCACCUAAAAUGAAAAUGUCCAUUUUAAAUGUUAGGAAGUAUGGUAAGCCAUCACAAAUUGAACUGGUUUAAUAAGCAGUAUAAGUACUGCCAGUUUUUCCCAUUUACACUGAGAAAAUCAAGCCUAAGAUCACACUAGCAUGAUAACUUCCAUUGGGAAUUUAAGGAAUGUACACAGUGUUGUUUGCACAGGCAUAAGAACUGUCAAUCUCUUUCAUUUGGGAAAAUAUUGUUCUAAAAAUAAAUGUUCUACUCACAUAAACAAAAUAUGGGUCCUUUAGGACUCUUAAACUAAUAGUAGUGCAUGGUAGAUAAAGGACUUACAAAUCAUAUGUGGUCCCAAAAAUACCUAGUAAUAGUAGUGGAACCAGAUCCCCACCCUUGAAGUAAACAGAGAUCCCCAGAACCUCCUAUAAACCAGGUCCUGCAGAUGCUCUUCAGUAACCAAACAAUGUCCUUUCCCUUCAUCACCUAACACUGAAGAUGAUAUGAUAAAAUAUAUAUCAGUGGGGUAUGGGUUUAUCAUGUCUAUUUUUUUACCUUGUAAUUCUUGAAAACUUUAGACCAAAGGCCUUAAAAAUAUCUCCAGUUACUUCUUGGCUAUUUCACACUGGAUAUUUAUAUUACCACAAUGCACUGUUCAGUGAAUAAACCCUUGUAAAGUGUAAUUUUCUGAAAGGUUCUGUAUUUGUGUAAAUUGUUUAUCAAAGUGCAAAUGCAGUUAACCACCAGUGCCACUGACAAAAUACCUAUAGAAAUGUAAAAUCUGAGGUUCUUUAAUAUUCUGUGAAGCAGGUAAACGGAAAUCUAGAUUAUGAUAACAAAUGAGGUUGAAUAGUGAAUCUUAACCUCAGUAAUGGUUUGUCCUCCAUUACGCUAUUUUGGACAUUUUGAGAAUUUUUUAAUUCCACUUCUGCUUUAGAUUUUUGUUUAUAUAUAUUUUUUGCUUUGCAGUGUCAGUUGUAUGGAUUGAUGGAGGCAGUGUGUGUUCUCUUCUCGUGCCUAUUAGGUUAUAAACCUUUGCGAAUGUUGAUAGCAUUAGGGAGUUUAUGGCUUGUACAGAGGCUUAGAACAGUCUGUGUGUCUUUUUAUUUCAUAAAAUGCACUCCUGUAAUGCACUCCGUCUCUCUGUUUAAAUCAAAUUUGAGGUAAUAAAAUAAUUUAUUCUUCCUGCUUCUUUCUGUUUCAGAUUUCAGUUAUCAGAGGAACCUAUAUCGGUUUGGAACUCAUGAACGUAAAGAAUGGAGGUCGUGGAGGUGUUAUUAUCAACAUCUCGUCUUUAGCUGGUAAGAUACUUGAUUGGACACUGUAGAUUUAAGAAAAUGCAGUACUGCAUAUUGUUUUCUCAUCCUGCUGUUUAAUGAGAAACCAAAAAUCCAAUAUAUUCUCUUUUGACAUUUUGUUAUUGAUGGCAGUACUCUGCACUUCAUCUUCUCUCUGUCUCUGCCUAAACAGUAACCAUAGUAACAGUACAGACACUACAAACUCAAACACAAAAAAAUCUAAAUGUGGCACUUAUUCAAUGUAGAGCUGGGUAAAUAAAAUGUAAAAUGACAAGAAUAUAUAGAUUAGUGGAUUAAGUACAUAAGGGAUAUUAAAACAAUCCUUCCUGUGGAACUGUGAGUGCACACCAGUUGUAUCUUGUGUUGUAUUCCACAUAGAGAUUGGCACAUGCGUGACUCCUUGUAGUAGGGAGUCUGUAGAGGUAAUAGGCUACACGUGAAAUGAAUCAACCAUUGAUUACUUUUAAUAGUUCAAUUUUUCUGUUUAUUAUGCCAAGCAACAAACCUAUAUUCAUUCCUCUCGUGGUAUGAUCAAUAUAAUUUUAUAGGUUGGAUAUGCAAUGUCAAUAAGUAUACCUUAACUUAUAAUCAAAUUAAACUUUGGGAUAGAUACUGCUUCUGCAUUCAUGAGAUAGCCAACAUAUGUUGAGUAAACUGUCAGGGUGGGCCACAAAAUUGGGAAUCGAAUAGUGAAGUGUAAAUGUAAAAAGUUAUUGACAAUUUAAAGGCCAAAAUAGCAAAGGUGAGAAAAUACAUACAUUUUAAUUCAGAAAUGUGGCUAUUAUGGCCUACACAUAGCAAUUCUCUUGUCAACUCUCCAUAAUUCCCUGUUUAAUAAACAAUCCUAUUUGACACAUUUUGAAAAAAAUAAAAUAAUUGCAGCUCUUAAUGAAUAAUGAUAAAUACAUCCCAAAACCUUAUUGGUUUAACCUUGAAACUCAGCUACCAUUUUAGAACAUCUGUAGUUCUUUUUCUGCUGUUUUUCUUGAUGGUUGACUUGGGUCACAUUGAUUACAGGACAUUUUGCAGUCACAUUCACUAAUUCACCAAUAGAUGUCAAUAAUUGACUAGGGAAUUGCAAAUUAUAGGCCAGUAUUGGUGAAAUGGAACAAUAACUCAGCUGGAGAGUUCUUUUGAGUCUGCAAAUUUGGCCUAAAAUGUAGCCUAUUCCCUGGUUAGAGAAUACCGUUUGUGUAUUGUCUUUGACUAUGGCUAGCAUAGCUAGAGGACAUAAAUGCAGUUCUUUUGUUCAGCAUUUUUAACGUUGAUGCUAUGUUUAUGCAAUCCAGACACAUGGGUUUUAUUGUCUAUGACUGUCAUGGGACGUAAUGAUUUUUUUCUACAUUCUUUAUUUAUAUUGUGCAGCAAAGAAAAAUGACACUUGUGUUGCCACAACAGCUAAGUAGUUGCCACAACAGCCAAGUAACAACAAUUAAUACAUGAGAAAAACGUGACAUAUAGAAGAAAUCCACAAUUUUUGGAGAUAAUAUAACAUGCAAGACUUAUUUGUCUGAGUACAAGAUAAUAUAGAACAUGGGUGUCCAACCUUUUGGCAUCAUUGAGCGCAGAGGAAUUGUCUUGUGCCGCAAAUAAAAUCUAUAGUAUAAUUAAUUUGUAUAAUAAAUCUUCAAAAGCCCCUUUCUUACAUUUGUUUAGUAGAUAACUCCCUUAUUUGUUAUCCUUAUGUGGGAUUGCCAUAUUUAAGGAUAUCAACUUGGGGAGCUAUCUAUUAAACACAUAUGCAUGUAUAUACAUAUGCACAUACAACCACACAUAUGCACAUACAUAAUCACAGACACAUAUAUAUAUACAAUCACAGACCUAUACACAUAAUUACAAAUACACACAAACACAAUCACAGACCCACACACACACAUAAUCACAGAUCUUUACACACAGUCACAUAUAUGCAUACACACAAACACACAUAAUCACAGAUCUACACACACACAGACAUGCACAUACACACACACACACACAAUCAGACCCACACGCAUACAAUCACAGACCUAUACUCACAGUCACAUACACACACACACAUAAUCACAGAUGUCCACACACACACACACACAAUCACAGGCCCACACACAAACAUACAAUCACAGACCUAUACAUACAGUCACAAACAAACACAGACACAGACACAAAUAAUCACAGACCUAAACACACAAUCACAGACUCACACACAUGCAUACAAUCACAGACCUAUACAUACAGUCACAUACAUAAACACACACACACAUAAUCACAUAUGUACAAACACACACAAUCACAGAUCCACAUACAUACAAUAAAAGACCUAUACACAUAAUACAUACACAAUCAUAGGCCCACACACACGCAUACAAUCACAGACCUAUACAGACAAUCAUAUACAUACACACACAAAUACACAAUUCCAGACUAACACACAUACAAUCACAGACUUUUACACACAAUCACACAAAUACAGACCUAUACACACAGUCACAUACAUACCCACUCAAAAUCACAGAUGUACACACAUACCCACACACAAUCACAGACACCUAUACACACAAUCACAUACAUACAAACACAUAAUAACUGAUAAACACACACAAUUACAGACCCAUACACAUAACCACUGACUUACACACACACACACACACACACACACUCAGAGAUAUACACACAGACCCCCCUUCCUGCACACACAACAAAAAUCACAUAUACACACAUUUAGUACUAAAGAGGUCCACCCAGCCUCCCUACCAUGUUCUGGGAAGGGAGGAAUGGAUCCUCUGUCCUUGAUGGCCAGUGGUUGCUUCUGGGCUGGAACCUCUGUGCUCUUCCUGCACAGUUCUCUCACAUUCCCACCAGUGAUGCCAAUGCCGGGAUGACAUCAUAUCCCGGUGGUUGGGUCACUGCAGGACACACAGUGGAGCUGUCCAGAAGGAUCACAGUAUGUAAAAUGUUCCUUGCCUCCCUCGCCACCCACAGCGCUUGUCAAGCAGGUCCAUCCUGCUUGGUAGUCAGGCUCCUCCUCGUGACAGAAUGAUUUUAAAGUGGAACUGUCACUUCUCUGGAAAUAAAACCAAAGAAUAAAACAUCAAAAACCACCUAUAACUUCAGUUAAAAGCUUUUCAUGAGAUACCCUUUUGUCUUUUAAAUGUAUAUUAAAUAUUUAGCAAGUGGCAAUACAAUUUAGUUCAGUUCAUGCACAAUCAGGGCACAUGAUGCUAAUGAAGCUAAGAGAAACAUAGUCCCCGUUUCUCCUCUUCCACUUGCUAUGUUAAGGGGUAAUUUCCUAAAAAAUAAUUAUGGGAACUCUUCACGUCCACCCUUGCUAUCCUUUAAAUAAGUAACAUCUCCCUGCUCUUAACAAUCCACUUCCAUAUUUAAAGGUUUUGUAAAGUGCAUAAUUGCAUAUCCUAGAAUGUGUUAAUAAUAUAUAGCACCCCUGUGACAAUGGCCCUUUAACUCUCCUCACUAUACACGGAUAGGGUCUUCAAACUACAAACUGGGCUAAGCUUUUUAAUUCUGUAGCCCUGCUAGGACUUUAUAGUCUCCCUCUGUGUGCAUCUUCCAUUUUUAUUUUGCCUCAAAUGUGUGCAGGUAUGUAAACUGCACAUUCUUAAUAAAUGUAAGCAUUAUUUUAGUUCAGUGGUAGAUUCAUUUCCUCAACUAACACUUGUUUUAUAGUUCAUAGAAUGUCAGGCACGAAACACUUGCUAGUAAGCAGAGCUGAUUCAUCUUCUUAUCUCUUAAUUACAAACAUUGAAGUCUUUAGAUACACUAUGUGGUCUGUAGUUUUACAUUUAGAUAGUUUGUUGUGAUUCAUAUGGCUUAAUCCCAGCUUUAUCUUUAUGACACUGAGUUUAUUCUUAUAUUUUAAUAUAUGUCUUAUAUUAAAUUGUAACAAUAAUUCUGAUUUUUAUAAUGGCUGCAUCCUGUUGUAGUAUGUAAAUUGGAAGAAGGGUACAGAAUAAGACAAAUAAAUUUCCAGUCAAAAUGCUUUAUAGUUCAUCUGUUCAACUUAAUUUAUUUUUACGUAUCCCUGAGAAAAUACCAAUCUCCAUUAAAGCAUGGAUAGAUUUUUCAUCUUACUUAAAGGAACACUAUAGGGUCAGGAACACAUACAGAUAUUCCUGACCCUAUAGUGUUAAAAACAUCUAGCCCCCCUGACCCAUCCUUGCACCCUAAAUAUAGCAACAUCUUAACUUUUUAUCUGUCUGCUGGUGCUGGCUCUGCCCGUGAUCUGCCUGCUUGGCUGACAUCUUCAGAAGUGUUGUUCUGAGCCAAUCACAAUGCUUUCACAUUGAAAAGCACUAGAUUGGCUGAGACUGUCACUUCAUUAACAUUCUUCAUGUAACAGUCUGCUUCACUAACAUUUCACUUCAUUAACAUUCUUCAUGUACCAGUCAGCACCGUAGAGUUGGCAUUUUAUGUUGCAUAGGUAACAAGAGAUGAUUUCUCAAUUCACAGUAACCCAUCCCAAGUAUAAAAAAGAAAAAAGGUCCAGGCACUCAGAGUUCCAACAGGGUUAUACACUAAAAUUUAAGGUGAAUUUCAAAUAUAAGGUCAAAGUAGCUGAACUGCAGAAAUUCUCUAAGUCAGCUAUGCUUUAGAUUCAGCUAUUCUGGUCUUAAAUGUGAAAUUCAAUUUGAAUUCUCACUUUAGUGAAUAACCCUGUUAGUCGUGAUGACUUUUUAAUGGACCAAAUAACAUAAGGGAAAGUUUCAGUAACUAUAUGUGAACUUUCUCAUGGAAUGUCAAAUGAAAACUGGGGACAACAUAAUCAUUGCAGCAUUAUGUGGUUAUGGUGCUUAGAGUGUCCCUUUAAGUGAAUGUACUAAUUAUAAAAUGUUUCAAUUUUGAACACUUUCUAUGGAUUUUGCCUGGGUACCUCCAUUAAAUAUCUAUGUUAAUAUGAAAGAUACCAUGCAAGGUAAAAUCCAUAUUUCCUCUUAUUUUUUUAUUUUUUUAUUCAUAAAACAAAUAUUUUCAUCAUUUCUUCCUGUGCACAUCAGCUGGACAUGGGGAUAAGUGAUAGACACGUUACUCACUUACUGAAUAGAAUUCACACACUUCCUCGAGUGUUUAAAUUAAGAUCCAGUUCCUCUCUGGUUAUUUCAGUAAUAAGGAAGAUCACUGUGGUUACAGACUACGCAGCAUACUGAUAAUGGUACAAAUGUGUCUUUCAUUGACAUAUGUUGAAUUGUUGCAUGUGUCAUGAUAAGGGAUUCUCUAUUCAUAAUUCUACAGACUUUCUUAUGUAAUUAAUUGACAUCAAACAGAUGUUACUUAUGCAAGACAAAAUGGUUUUAGUUGAUAAUCUUUGCAGAAAUUUGCAUUUUUGUGAAAAAUACAAAAUGGCUGUACAAGGUGUUUUUCAUUACCUUGUUAAGUUAAACAUGCUUGGAAUUUGUAGAUAAUGCAUAUAUUAUGAAAGGAAUUUUCAUCCAUUGCAAGAUGUGAAUUUUGUGUAGUUUAAAAUAUGUGCAAUGCAUUAUAGUUAUUUUCUUUAUAAAUUACAAUAUGGUAGAAGUUACCCAGAUCACUUAAUCUGAAUGAAGUGGUGUGGGUGUAGUAUCCCUGACAUUUUAAUCUGUGCAAUGUAAAACACUGCCAUUUUUACAAUAUGCAAUGUUUACAUUGCAAUGACUGCAAUGUUUACAAAAGCCUAAAAAUGGCUUCUGCAUACAGUUGAAAUGGUCUAGCAGCUAAGGGGUUAAAAAGGCACUAUAAAUACCAUAAACACUACAACAUAACCAGCCCACUGCAAUCUCAAGCAGUCAUCACUGCUAAGAUUGAACAGAAUUGAUAUUGGUAAUGCAGACAUGCAGUGGCAGAUCUUAAAUGAGUAGAAUUUGACAGUACCCAUUGACUUGUUGCGCUUUGACCAUUUAAUUCCAUGUACUUAACUCCUGACUCAAUGAAAGGCCAUGCCAUGUUCAACAUCAUAAACUUGUAAAUACACAUAUUUUGGAAACUACAAGCAUAUUAAAGAGGUACAACUCCUCACCUUGAUGCUGUUAUUAAAUAACAGCCUUAGAAUAUAGGAUAAUUUGCAGGACUGUCUUUUAGGGUAUCCAGGAAAUGAUGGCCCAAUGCACAACCGAUGGGUGACAUCAGAAAGUCUAUUACAAACUUAGACUGAGUGUGUCUCUGAAGAGAACUGAGCAUUUUAUUUUUCAAAAAUACCCCCAAAUCUUAACAUGAUUAGUUGCAUAGCUUAUCAACAGCAUCUUACUUAAUGGCUAGUUUCAGUAUGAACUCCAAUUCAUCCAAAUUUGGGUCAAUCAGAUAAUUGGUCAAAUGUCAAGUAAAAUAUACCUAAAUCACGAAUCAAACCUAAUUCACGGAUCAAACAAGCUGCACAAUGGCCGAACAUGUUCUUUCUGAUUCGUGAUUCUGAAUUCUGCCCAUGGUGGCAAAAAAAAAAAAAAGAUGAUUGAUGGAACUAAAAAGAUGAUUGAUGGCUAGGAGACAGUCACUAAAUGUUUAUUUUAUUCAUGGAUGAAGUGAGAAGUGGGCAAUAGAAUAGGAAAAUGGAAGAGCAGUAAAAAAUAUAAUAUAUAAAUAUAAAUAUAUAUAUUACUACUCCUCAUAUUUUUCCCUCUAAUGGUUACUUUUUCCCAAUUGAUCAGUCAUCCAAAUGAUGGAAAAAAGCUUUUACCUGCGUACUGCAAAAUAUAUACAUAAUAUUAUCUUAUAUUUACAUUUAACAGAAAAUAGUUUCCCUUUUGGUUCAUCUGGUUUUAGUAUCAAAAUUCUCUUGAGUCAAACCGUCAAAUGACCAAAAUUCUGUUGUCCUGAAAAUGUAUUUUAUUUUAUUUUCGAAAAAACUAUUUUGGCAAACCAAAUUUUCCCCAUGCACAAGAAAAGCCUAAUUUCCCAUCCUCAAUAAGUGUGGGUGAAGAGGAAUUAGCUGAACUAAUUAUGACAGACACAAAAUGUUUCUUUCUAACACAUAUUUAUAAUUCCACCUUCCCCUGCCAACAUAUCUUUUUAACGAGACAUAAACUGUGUUGCCUCAUGUACCAACUUCUUCCAUGAAACUGUAGUUUCUGCACAGUGCAACCAAAGAGGGAGCAAUCUGUAGGUACAGAGGAGAACCCUGUUUUUUGUCCAUCUGCUCCUAAACUAUUUAACAGAAAAAGUGAGAUGGUGGUAAAAGCUUCCUUGUACCAUAGCCACUAGAACAAGCUGUAGAAAAUAUCUUAAUCAAAUUUAAAGAGGUGUUUAUUCAUUUACUUUCCCAUUAAUAUUUAAAAGGUUAAAUGCUGCAAAAUGUCAAUAUCCUAAGAAGGUUCGACUAAGCCAGCCAAUACCCUCAAAUCUUGAAUUUGGUGCUGUUGUGAAUUUUGUGUUAUCAGCUAAAACAAGACUUCCUACGCAAAGGUCAUCAAUGCAAGUUUAAAACCUAAAUAGCCUUUCCUUCCUCACUAAUGGUAUACUGUGGAAAAUGACAUCCUCCUUCAUGCAUUUGUAGGGUUCUUACAAAUAAUUAAGUGGCAUAUAAUAACUUGAGGUUAGAAAGACUUUUCAGGGCAUUGCAAGCAUUGAAUAAAAUACAAACACAAAUCCUGCUCUUACAGAACUUUCCAUAUGUUAGCAUAGCUUUUAUUUGCUUAGUAAACAUCCUUCUAAUUCAAUAAUACGGAAGAUCACAGAGAUAAAAUUCACACUCAUACAGACUUUAAAAAACAAGUGUAACACAGUUAACACAAAACUGUAGUAGUACAUUGAAAAUUAAACAGCAAAAUUUGGUAUAACAUAGCCAGAAAGUGACUAUAUCUGAUUUGGAGAAUUGUGCAUAAUAGUAUUUUAUGCCUACAUUUUGCAGUUCUAAUUUACCUUAACUAGUGACUAAAGUCCUUAGAGUCAUUAUGCCGGUUACGGUCAUAAACGUACACUCACCCCUAUAUUUAGUGUUAUAUUUAUAUCAUGUCAAAUACCAUGAAGAAGAUAAUCUACGGCUAAUGGGUUAUAGUACCAGAGGAAAAUAACUCAAAAUCAUGUUAUAAAUGAAUGUAAAAAAGCCAAAUAUAAAAUGUAUAAUUAGAUAGUGAUGUGGAUCUCAGGUAAAAACACUGACAGUAGCAUUGUUGUAUUAGAUAAUUUACAUAGAGACUGGCAUUUAUACCUAGAACUGUCUGUUUAGCUGCAACCAGUUUGUGGUUUUCAAGGUGUACAUUGAUUACCUUGCUUGAUAGCUGUUUAAACUUAAUUUGAAAAUACAUGUAUAUAACUAGAAUUAUUGCUAUAUUAACAUGAAUGGAAUCAUUUUAUUUGUUUUCUGUUCCAAAGGUCUCACACCUGCUGCCUAUCAGCCAGUAUACUGUGCUUCGAAGCAUGGCGUGAUUGGAUUUACAAGAUCAAUAGCUGUGAGUAUAUAGUGUGGCAAAGUACAAUUAAAACAAUGUAUUGUAGGCUUAUUUUUGUUAGUUUAAUACAACUGGUGUACAAAGCAUAUUUCUAAAGGAACAGUAUGUAUGAAAUGGAAAAAUCAGCAAUUUCUAUUGUGGCACAUUUAAUUUAUAGUCAUAGCAAAAUGAGCAUUUUUAUGUUUUGAAUCGUUUUUUGCCCAAAAUAUCUAAGUUAAACUAAGUAUAACGGGCAAUGCUUGUGAACUACAGUUCUUUAAUAUACAAGCCAGCCAAUAUAUGUCAUUGGAAAUGUUGUUUACAAAUAUCUGUAGAGCUUCAGUUGGCCACUUGGGGGAAAUUGUCAAUAUAUAACUAUAUGCAGCACAUUGAAAUGUGUAAUUCUUCAAAAGCUUUGUCUGAAACAACAGGUUUAAAGCACCCAGAUUAAAUUGUAACUUAAAAUCUAAAAAAUGACUGCUAUUCCUGCCUUCUUUUAACUCUCUCUGGCCUCUGACAUAUAGGUAGACCAUUAAAAAAAUUACACUAUGUAGGUUGCAAGGGCUAUUAUGGGAUUUAAACCAGAACACUAAUUUAGACACUUCAGAAUGUGUUGUAUCUCCUUCCCACUUUAUAGAUCUUGGGUACACAUUAUCAACUGAUGGACGUAUUCCACCCCUGUCCAAAUAAACUGUCACAUGAAAAUUGCUUCUGUAAACUAAUGAAUAUGUUUCGAGAAGCAGAGAAUAUUGACUCUGUAAAUUACGAAUGGCUCAGCCGAAUGAUGUAUGUCUUACAAAUUGUUGCAGUGAUGUUGAAACCCUGUGUCAUCAUGACAGAAAAGCAAUAUCGAACUUACUAGGGUUUAUAAUAUAUGUUUGCUUUCAGUAAGCAAUGCGUUAACUGGUUUCAGCACCUGAAUGUUAUUCAACUCCAUAUAUUAUAUGGUUUAAAUUAAAUACAUUGUUGUGUUCUGUUGUAAAACCAGACUGUAGUAGGUUGUAGAUUUCGACCGAAUUGAUGACCAUUACAUCUUUACCAAAUGAGUUGUCAGAGUGUUUAAAGAGGCACGACUAUGGAACUAUUCUAUUAUCUUUUCUAUUUAACUUUACUCACUGCUUACCUUGAAGUAAAACAUUUUAAUAUAACUUUUAUUAUCAUUAUUGAAUGUAUAAGUAGCAGUGUGAUGGCAUGCCUGACUAAACAAACUGCAUUUAAACAUGUGGCCCUGUUGUGUAAAUUGUGGGGUCUAUAAGUCUUAAGGUAGCGUCAGAAUUAGACCAUGUGCUGGGCUACCUGAGAUUGAUGGAAAUUACACCACAGGACAGCAAAAUCUAACAGGCUAGAGACAUAAUUAGUAACAGCGGUAUUAAAUUUACAUACAAAUUCAUAAACAUUUCUAACUGUAGUUUUUAGCCAAGUGGAAGCAGUAACAGGUAACUGGAGACUAACAUUCAUUAAAUUAUUGUAUGGAAUUCAUCAAGAAUUUGCAAAUUGUUGUCAAAAAUAGCUGAGCCCAUUUCCACUAUUUUGUGCUUACAUUUGCAACUCCCUUGUGAAUUCUUAACAGUUCACAAUUUAGUGAAUACAAAGACACGUUCAAUCGAUUCACCUGUGAUAAAGGGGGGACCUUUAAAGUGUAAUAUGCUCUUUUGAGCAUUGUGGAGAAGGCAUUCCUUCUCCAUUUUCAGAAAAGUAAGCAUUGUUUUUUUUGUUUUUUUUUAAACCUAACCAAUGUUGCACAGAGGGAGGGAGUGCGAGAUUCCCCUUGCAAGCAGUCUGCCUGCAAAGGGAAGAUUAUCACGUUUGUUGUCAGCAUGCAGUGCACCCUGACAACAGACAUAAAUUAUGCACAUAAUUGACAUUCCAAAGGGAGUUCUGGGCUGCCAAUGUCACUAGUGCUGGGAGUGCAACUUGCCCCCAGCACACAAGUGCCAAUAACUCUGGAUGUGCAGUUGUUCAAGCUGAAACACUGCACGUACCUUCUCCUACUACCAAAUUACUGAAGUGAUCAUAGUGGUUGAAGUAACCCUUUUAUCAUACAUCCAUGUUUAUUAUCAAAGUCUAAUUAUGAUCUUUACAUAAGAACUGGAAAUUUGACCAAUGUUUCAAUAGUUUCAGUUUAAAAUAUUCUCUUUUUUACAUAGGCUCUUGCAUCUAUUGGAAAUUAUGGUGUACGGAUAAAUACAGUGUGCCCAGCAUUUGUUGAUACGCCACUUUUGGAAUCCAUCGAAAAGGAAGAAAACAUGGGAGAGUUUUACAAAUACAAGGAUAACAUAAAAGAUAUGAUGAAAUCCUUUGGAGUGUUAGAGUAAGUUUAAACAUACUGUAUAUUGGUUUAUUAUUUAAGUCUGUUUGUUUCACUUCAAAGUACUUACUGCUUUGAAAAAAAUAUAAUUAUGUAUCAGCAUAAAAUAAAUCUUGAGAGACUUGGCUCUUCAUUUAUAAAAUAUAAUAAAAAAAAACUAUAGGUUCUCCACAUACUAGGUAAUUUCAAUGAAUUAGCCUGUCCCAAUAUAUUUAUUGAAUAACAAAGAGAAGGAUUGCACACAAUGGUCAAUUGAAAGCAGAUUUUAUUGGACAUGAAAGGGUAACAUUUGGACUAAAACGAGUCAUCAUGAUGUGAAAAUUUGAAGCAUUGUUCUUUUAUGUCCACAAGAGUCGGCUUUGGAUUGAAAAUUGACUGCUCGGACCUUUCUCUUUGUUAUUCUCUAGAAUAAAAGUUAUGAUACUUCGUUCUGUGAUACAUAUUAAGAUGAUUCCUGCUUAAUACGUGAGCAGUCCCUCAGCUCUAUCCUUAAAAUAUUUAAUGGACACUCUAACUAAAGUGGCAGAUAUGGGGCUAGGAGGCAGUUAUUUGAUGCCCUCUUUAUGCUUUUUUUUGCCAGACCAUUCAGGUAGUUGGGAUGGUGGGAAAUUCUCCAGGAUUUUGCCAAAGCCCACUUUAUGGUUCUCAGAGCUGCUUGUCUGGUAUUGCCAUCACUGCUAACAGGCAUGUAGAAGUGCACUGGUGUGGGAUAUGAGUAUACAGCUAGCAAAGUUAAAAUCAGCUAAUUUAGAAAUCCUACUGUCUCAAGCUGCCCUAUCCAUUUCCUGAGUAUCAAUGCAACCAUCCUACUUCAUUUCUACUUUUGAAACCUAUCUCAAGGGCCACCUUUUCUUACAAAAGGCACAAAUAUUUCAACUCUAUUUAUUUCCUGGAAUUUAUAAGGAAAGGGACAUGUUGUCUAAAGUAAUGCUCUGUUCCUACUGAUAAUGAUGCUGCAAUUGUCUUCUUAUUGGGCUGGUUAAGAUAGACCUGGUUGAUUACACUAAACAUACAAAUUUAAAAAAAACAAAAAACCACUUUCCUCUGAUUUACUGAUUGUCCAUCGAUAGCCUUUAAAAUAAAUGUCCAUUUGAUUGCAGUUGAAUCUUAUUCUGAUUGGAAGUUAGUUUCCUAAAGAACAGCUGAUGAUGAAUAUAGUUCUUAGUUAUUAUGUAAAGGGUAUCAACCUGCGAAAAUAAACUGAGACUGACCAUGUAAUUUAAAAACACUACACAAACUACAUAUUUCUCAUUGAUUGAGUCAUUAUAACGGUCUAUGUGAUUUAUUCAAGUAAUAUUUCUACAGAAGAGCUAUGUCCUAAUAAUUACUGAAUAAUAAGCAGCCGAUAUGCUUAUUGUAGAUUUUUCUGAUUAUUCUUGCAAUGCGUAAACCAAUAACAAGGUUUGUGUGACAUUUAUAUUUAACAUGCUUUCAUUUAAUUAUAUACAUUUCCAAGAUUAAUACCUGCUGGAUGCCUUCUGUACAUGCUGCAGACUGCUUUGUAGCUGUGUAGACAUAAUAAGAAUCGAGCGAAGAAUGUUUCAGUAAUUGCAGUAUCAGAAGGAAGGAGACCUGAUAUCUUGAACUGUAAUAAUUAGAAUGGAUAUAUCAAACUGUUGACUUUACUUUCUAUAGUUGGGAUGUUUGAAAUGCGGAUUUUGUUUACAGGUUGUAAAAACAAUUAUCCCCUCUAGAUUAAUCAUUUUUUAUUAUAUACUUGGCAAGCAUAUUACUAGCAAAUGGAGGAACUAUUUCUGUUUCAGACUUUGAAACAAUUGGCACUUCCUCCCCUGGGGGUCCUUUAUAUUUCAUUAAUACACCACUCCGGUUUCCUUCUAGUGAGUGAACUGAUAUCAGAAUAAGUCUACGGACGACAUUUAUUUCCAUUUUCUGUAUAGCCAAGUUUGGCCUUGCCUAGAUUUUAAUUCAGUAACCAAAACAAACUAGAGGCUAACUCUGUAUCUGCCAGAAAAUAUAUUAUCCGUAAAUAAUAGUAAUUAGACUUGUGCAUGGGAUGGACACGAUUUGCCAUAUGACGGUCUCUCAGAAUUUAGGAAAGCAGAACUUGGUAAAGGAAAGGAAUCAGACAAGGAAGCAAAAAUGGGCAAGCCAAUGAACCGCAAUAUAUAUAUAUAUAUAAAUAAUAUAAAUAUAAAUAACAUUUUCUCACCAUUUGGUUCGCAUGUGCGAAAAGGUAACCAAUAGAGGAAAAAAGGAUGAGCAGUAAAAAAUAUAGAUUUAUGUAUUAUAUAUUUGUUAAAAGGAAUAUAGUUUUUUUUUUUUACUGCUCCUAUGUUUUUUCCUCUAUUGCUCACUUCUCACUUGAUCUGUGAAAAAAAAAUAUGUUAAUAUUCAGUGAUUGUCCCCAUCAAUUAUCUUUCAUACUCAUCAGUCGUCUCUUCUUUUGGGGACAUUGUUGGAAUUUAAAAUCACAAAUCAAAACAAACAUGCUCGUCUGUUACCUACUUCAUUUGAUUUGUGAUUUAGCUACAUUUGGUUUUGGAGUUUGGGAAUGUCAAUGAUUAGUCGAUCGGCCCAAAUUCACAUCAAUUGCAUUUGUAAGCAAGAAAUAUUGAGGUCUAACAGUAAUGAAGACAAUAAUAGUUCAGUAUACCAUAAGGCAUAUCAGACAAAAAAAGUCCCUCAAAAGAAUAAUUAAUAAUAGCAAAAAUAACUUUAUUGCUCUUUACUAAAAUAAAAUGUAAAAGAGGGAAAAUUACAAAGAUACUCAUUAAAAAGUCAUCAGGCUGCAUGCUAGAUAGGGGUUAUAAGAAAACAAGUAACUAUUGCUUAGUGAUACCCCUGCAAAAUAAUUUAAGAACAGGAAAAUUGAAACAAAAAGUUAUUUCAAAUGUAGAGCAAUUUACCAGGGCCUUAAUUGUAGGUAACCCUUCAGGCCAAAAAAGCUACAAAGAGUCUCAGAGAUCAAAUAGAAUCUUCUGUUAAUAUUCAAAUUGAAAUCACUAAAUUAAAGGACCACUAUAGUGCCAGGAAAACAAACUCGUUUUCCUGGCACUACGUAGUCCUUAGGUCCUGUCCCCCCCACCCUAGGCCCCCCUCCUGCUGGGCUGAAGGGGUUAAAACCCUCUCAGCCACUUACCUUAAUCCAGUGCCGGGCUCCCUCUGCGCUGGUGACCUCUCCUCCUCCUGCCGACGUCAGCGCCGAAUAUGCAUUCAAACAGCCCAUAGGAAAGCAUUACUCAAUGCUUUCCUAUGGACGUCAGCGUCUUCUCACUGUGAUUUUCACAGUGAUAAUCGCGGAAGCAGCCUCUAGUGGCUGUCAGUGAGACAGCCACUAGAGGCUGGAUUAACCCUCAGUGUAAACAUAGCAGUUUCUCUGAAACUAUGUUUUCAGCUGCAGAGUUAAAACUAGUUGAGCUGAAGUGGUCUGGGUGCCUAUAGUGGUCCUUUAAUGAAAUGGCACACUAAAUACAAAGUAACUAUAAUGUACUAUAGUAAGCAGGGUGGAAAGAAUCAAAGGGUAAAUGUAUCAUUAAAAACUACCUUUUAUAUUCCCAAAAUAGACUAAUAUACAGUAUAGUAGUCUAAAGCAUGCUUAGAAAAAUGGUUUUCAGGUUUAUACACAUAUAGUAUCCCCAAGGUUCCCACCAAGACCCCCUAUCAGCCAAAUCACAGUGCCACACUACAUAACAUGCUUAACAAAAAAGUGUAUAAAAAAUGACCUACGCGCGUAUUGGCGCCAAAGAUGCGCCUUCAUCUGGGGCUAAAAAUGAUGAAGGGGUAAUAUUGCACAAUGUCCUUCUCAGGAAGAUGAAGGGUUAUUGGUCUUCCCCACCUAAUUUUCACUUCUUCUUAAGUCACACCUUCGCAGCAAUGCAUACAUACAAUUUGUGUCUUUCAAAACACACCUGUAGUUGUUCCCAAGUUCCAUCAUUUGUAAACAUUCUUACUUUAAUCACCUUUAUUCACAUCAAAUGUUAGCUUUUAUGCAAGAGAGUCUAACAUACAGGAGGUACGCUACAUACAUUGCAGAUUUACCACACUCUCUUGUGCUAUGUUUUUGUAAAGUGAAAUAGGCUAUGUUACUGUUCAUAGCAUAGGCAGGGCACAAUUGGAACACAGCAGACUUUUGACAUAAUACAAUUCUAUGAAAUUUGUAUUAUCCCUGAUAUUUUAAGAUAUGCAUUACAUUUUUCAAAAUAAGGAAGAUGCAGGAAUCUUUUGGGCCAUCUAAUUAAUAACAAUUUCCCAUAUGUGCUGUGUAUCACUACAAAAACCUGUUUUCACAGAUUUCCCACAUAAGACGUUAGUCAGUGUUUACACUGCUGCUUAACACCACUAUUGACUGUCACUCAGACAGCUACUAGAGGCGCUUCCUGGUUGGACUCCUGCAAAGAUUGCAGGACUAACAUUCAGCAUCUCCACGCUCCACAUGGGGUUACUGAACACUCCCCAUGGAGAUAUAUUGAAGCAUUGGCACACAUGUGCACUAGUCUUCCAUUGCUUUCCUAUCACAUCAUCAGUAUUGCCGGGGGAUAGGUGAGUUCAACAUAUCCAUUUAGUUAAUUUAGGAGGGAGCCUUUAAUCUAAAUAGGGGAAUACACGUUUGUUCCUUUAAAACUGAAAUUGCAGAAAGAUUCUGGAUAAAACCUGAAUAUCUAUAAUAUCAUUGCGAUUGUUUAUAAGGAGAUUGCAAGAGUUGACAAAGAUCUUUAUUGUGUUGCCAAACUUCAUUAUUUUGUGUUUACACAUUAAUAAACGUACUCUGUUUAAAUUACAUCCAUGAGAACUGUCUUGGGAGAACAUCAAACAUUACAUAAACAAGUUAUACAAUACACAUCCCAGGGAAGGUUGUAUAUGAAAGGUAGAACUAAAGGACUUACAUUUUGUUACAAAUUCAGUCUACUGCAGACUGAUUAUGAAUUGUGAUUUUUAUUUUAUGGCAAUAGGAAGAUAUUUAUGAUAUGGAAAACACAAUUACACAGAUGACUAAUUACUGACCUCAUUUUUGAAUUAUAUUGUAUAUCAAAUUCUAAGAAAAAAAAAGAACUGCAUUAAUAGGAGAUUAUCAGAAUGCAUUUCAUUCUGAAACUAGAAUCAAAUUGUCCUUGCUAAAAAGGACAUGUGGGCUGAGUAGAACAUUUUGAAAAUGUCAAAAGAAUGUAUGUUUUUUUUUCUUUAAAACUCUUACAAGUACAGGAGAGCAUUGUCUCUCCUCUGUCACUGAAAAAAUGAGGGUUAAAUAUGAGAGAGAGAGAGAGAGAGAGAGUGGGUGUGUGAACAAGCACAUGCUGUUUUAUCACUGAUGAAAAGUACUCUUGUAUAAUUGCUUUACUACUAUGAAGCUAAUGUUCUAUAUUUUUCUACUCGUAGUCCAUCGCUGAUUGCCAAAGGACUGAUCGACCUUAUAGAAGAUGAUUCUUUUAAUGGUGCAGUAAUGAAAAUUACCACUUCCCGGGGAAUCCACUUUGAAGAGUAUGCAGCACAUCAAAAAACAAAAGUUUAACUAUAGUUCUUUUAAGUCAUUUUCUCCAGUCUUAAAUAUGCUAUUUGUACAAAAGGUUUAAAGGGACAGUCUAGGUUGGAUUUGGUCCUUUCUUUUGUAUGCAUCAAAAAUGCAAAAGCAGUACAUUUUGAAGCAAGAAUGGAACCACUGUUGGUUGAGAAAAGGUGGUAGAAAGGGUGGACGUAUGAUGCAAAGCUAAUUUUCAUUUCAUUAAAAGAAAACAAAACAGCAAACCUAAAUGUAACAUAGAACAUACAUUGCACCUUGAAAUAUCAAUGAAUACAAAAAAAUAAGUUAUGCUUGAUUUAAAAAGAAAGAUCUGAAAUCAAACUUUUAUUUUAAACACUGGAAAAUAUAAUGCACGGAAAGAACAACAGGUCCAGAAAUAAAUGGAAAAGAUAAUUUUAGAUUAUGUUUUUUUGUGUGAAAUUGUGCCAUAUUGUGAAACACAGAAGGCAACUAGUAUUAGAAAAUGCAGUAGUAAGUGGUAAAAUCAGUAUACAUUUGUUGAAUAUUAUAGUUAAUCUUGUACAGAGAUGUAAAUUAUAUUCUUAGUUUUGUAAAAAUGUAUUGUAAAUUUGUGGCUUUUAAUUUCAAUAAUUACAUUUUUAAAUUUGUAUUUUUAUAUGAAACUGUGACUCCCAUUUUAUCACAUAUGAAAUUAAUAAACUUGUUAUGCCAGUUGAAUAUUUGAAUGAUUUGUAUUGAUUGAAUCCAAUGUGGCUAACUGGAAAUCUCAACUAAUUAACUAUUACAUGGUUACAUAGUUAUUAAGGCUGAAAAAGACUUGCACCCAUUAAAUUUGGCCUUUCUCACAUCAGUUUUUGCCUUUGAUCCAGAUUACUUUAUUGAUUGAAUAACAUAAUAAUUUGUGUUAAUUUGAAU